AUGUUGCCAAGCAAGUUUUAUUAGUAGACAUUCACAGACUGCUCAUCACACCUUUAACCAAAUUUAUACCAAGAAAAAGACAAAAUUUAUACCAAGAAAAAGACUUGAGGAGAACCUAACAGAGGAAAAAUGUGUGUGAAGCUGUUGGCAAUCUACAGGAUUUAAUAACAUACGUAGUCAUGUGAUAGGAAGCAAGGCCCUUUUUGUUGCAUGGUUGUCUCCUUCAAAAAAUAUAAUCCAGAUUGACUGCAAUGUGCUUUGUGUGGUCAGAUUCAACACAGUGUGUGAGAUGCAAGCUUGGCAUCUGGUGGUUGCGGAGCACAGAGAUUGUUAAAAUGAAGUGUAUGGACAAUUGGUGAUUUGAUCUCAUGUUUGGAGGGCUGAUUUCUUCUACCACAAAAUUUGUUUGGAAACAUACCUUUAAAAGAAUCAGAAAAAUUGUAUUGUCAGAAACAACAGCCACUCAGAAGAAGGGUUUUGAAGGAAUAAAACCCAGUGUUAAAAAAACUGCUUGACUGUGGCCAUGGAAUUUCAUUUCAGACAUUCAAAAUGUUAUGCAAAAACUUGUAGUGUCAAAAUUUCAGGUGCUGGUUGCUUGGUACAUUUCAGUAUCCAUGAAAACAGGAAAAAAUAACCGUGGUGUUACUGGAAUCUGGAAUUGAAGAUGUACUGGAACUUUUGCACUCCAUUGAUGCUGUUAAAGGUGCUGCACAGAUUAUUUGAAAGGCACUAUUGGAUACGGACCUUAGUUCAAAAGACACAUUUUGUUAUUCACAGGAAUUAAAAAGCCUCAGUGACAAAUGUAGAAAUAUACUAGAUCUGGUACUGACACAAGCACACACAGUAUCUGUAACUAACACUCCUCAGAAUACUGCUCAACAGGUCACAAGCACCACUGCUCACAGUUAAGGGCGGCCAAUUCUGUGAUGUCUGCCAUUGACAGAUUGAUAUCUGAAAGAGAACAACAGCAUUGAAGUCACAUGUGUAAAGAGGAGCAAAAGUCUUCAGACAAGGCUGCUUACAGUCUUCAUGGAAACAAGAAGAAAAAACCCUUAUAUAUCAUGACAGCACAUUCUGUGUCAUUGUCCCAUCCCCCCUGACAUUUCUCAUUUUUCCAAGGACGUGUUUACCUCAGCACACAGCUUUCACCAUGCAGACUGUUCAUCAUUUUGAGAACACUGAGUGAUCAUGACGCUUCAGUCACUUAAGUGCAACUUAGUGUGCCCCUCUGUUGGUCUCCCAUUUUCUUUACUAAAUCUGAAUUAAUUCUUGUAGCCUUGCUGAAACUUUUUAUUGUUUCAGUUUACAAGAAGGUCUCAAAGACUAUAUAUAAAUACUAUAAGUUUGUUUUGCAGAAUUGGGAAGGUUUAUGCUAGUUCCUUUGUGCUAUAAAUUAAAAAUGUGGAUUCAUGGUAAAAAGAGCUUAGAGAGGAACAAAUUGGGUGUGACUGGUGUACUUUAUAAGUACUCAUUACUUGGUUCUGGCUCAUUUAGCAAAGAGAAAUAAACUAAUACUCUUAAUUCCCAACCUGCUUCUUACUCCAUGUUCCAUGACUGCCUCUGGUGUCAUGGAGUCUAUUGCCUUGAUAAGAGGCUACAGUUUCUGAUCCUGCACCAUAAUGCAUCUGCCCAGGUGCAUUGAAACAAUUAUAGCCUCAUUUUCUCCUUGAGAUCAAUAGCUCCUUGAGAUCAUCCUCCUAAGAACUGCUCCACAGAAAUAUCUUUUAUGUGGGGGAUGUAGUUCUAAUUGCCCAAACCUAUUUGGGUAUCAGGCAAUUAUUGCUGAUUUGCUGGCAAUAAUUUUAAAACAAUUAUUAAAAGUAACAGUUGUCAUUUUCCACGAGGAGGAUUAGAUAGUCUAAGGUUGGAUUAUUGUGGACAUGAACAAGUUGAUUCUUAGAAUGUUUUGAUAUUCAGUUUCAUGAGGCUGCUAAUGGAGAUUUCUAGAGAGAUCUGAAGUCAAGGCUGAACAAAAAGUCACAAUAGUUCACUGUUUCUUUUUUGGAUUAGUUUAGUUUUGUUUUACAAAAGGGGGCAACUUGUUACAGAGCCAUCUUGCAUUGCUAAAGCCAAAUCUGUAUUGCAUAUUGUCUUCAGAGCAUCUUUCUAGCUCCCAUGCUCAGUUUCCUUUUGAAGGUGUUAAAUACCACUUUCUUAGAUUUAUAGGUGCGCUUCUAGUGCUACUCUUAGAUUGGAAGUUAGUCGUAAUUCCUUAUCAAUUGUUCAACCUGGACAUAUUCCAUUCCAUUUUAGCUUCACAGCAUCUUUUGCUUGCCCCCAAUUUCUUUAUUCCAGGUGAUGACAGACUCUAGUAAGUCUGCCUGGAAGGAGGAGAUAGAAUGGAAAGUUCUUUCAGCAGAGGUUUUCUGAGGUCUGGAAAAAUGGCAGACAUUGACAACAAAGAACAGACUGAACUUGAUCAGCAAGACAUGGAAGAUGUUGAAGAAGUAGAAGAAGAAGAAUCUGGAGAGGAUGCUAACAGCAAAGCACGUCAGCUGACCGUACAAAUGAUGCAGAAUCCUCAGAUUCUUGCAGCCCUUCAGGAAAGACUCGAUGGUCUGGUUGGAACACCUACAGGAUAUAUAGAAAGCUUGCCUAAAGUAGUUAAAAGACGUGUGAAUGCACUUAAGAAUCUUCAAGUUAAAUGUGCACAGAUAGAAGCAAAGUUCUACGAAGAAGUUCAUGAACUGGAAAGAAAAUAUGCUGCUCUUUAUCAGCCCUUGUUUGACAAGAGGAGUGAAAUCAUCAAUGCAGUUUAUGAACCUACUGAAGAAGAAUGUGAAUGGAAAACAGAUGCUGAAGAAGAAAUUUCAGAGGAAAUGAAAGAGAAGGCCAAGCUUGAAGAGGAGAAAAAAGAUCAAGAAAAAGACGAUCCUAAAGGAAUUCCUGAAUUUUGGCUGACUGUAUUCAAGAAUGUUGACUUACUCAGUGAUAUGGUUCAGGAGCAUGAUGAACCUAUACUGAAACACUUGAAAGAUAUUAAAGUGAAAUUUUCAGAGGCUGGGCAGCCUAUGACUUUUACAUUAGAAUUUCACUUUGAACCUAAUGAAUAUUUCACAAAUGAAGUAGUGACAAAAACAUACAGAAUGAGAUCAGAGCCUGAUGAUUCCGAUCCUUUCUCCUUCGAUGGACCAGAAAUUAUGGGUUGUACAGGGUGCCAAAUAGACUGGAAAAAAGGAAAGAAUGUUACUUUAAAAACCAUCAAGAAGAAACAAAAGCACAAGGGGCGUGGAACGGUUAGAACAGUGACAAAAACAGUUUCCAACGAUUCUUUCUUCAAUUUUUUCAGUCCUCCUGAAGUUCCAGAAAGUGGAGACUUGGAUGAUGAUGCUGAAGCCAUUCUUGCAGCUGAUUUUGAAAUUGGUCACUUUUUACGAGAGCGCAUAGUUCCUCGAUCGGUAUUGUAUUUCACAGGAGAAGCCAUUGAAGAUGAUGAUGAUUAUGAUGAAGAGGGUGAGGAAGCCGAUGAUGAGGAAGGGGAAGAAGAAGCAGAUGAAGAAAAUGAUCCAGAUUAUGACCCGAAGAAGGAUCCAAACCCAGCAGAGUGCAAGCAGCAGUGAAGCAGUGUGUAUGUGGCCUUGAGGAUUAACUGCACUGUUAUAGCCUGUACACAACUAUUAGUUACUUACAGCCUUAUGUUUUGUAUCUUGGUAGAAUUAAGUAAACAUUUUGUUAAAACAAACUGACAGAACCCGUUUAAAAUGUAGGUUCCUUGUACCUAGCAUUUUAAUAGUACUUUUCUGCCAAUAUGUAGAAUGCAGUAAAUCCUGAAAGCAUGAAUAGUUAAUUCAUUGCUAUAUAUAGUUUGGUUCUUGUGAAGUCUGUUGUCAUGUAGCUAUUAGACUGCAGCUGUGAAGAUACCUGACUGUUGACGGAGACCACUAUUUGUUUAGAAAAGAUCCUUUCCUGAAGAACCAACCAAAGUAUUUUUCAGCCCAGUAGUUUAAAUGGGUUUAAGUCUGCUUGCACUAGCUGUGCCUUCAUUACUUCGUUAUAGAAAUGACAGUGACUCAUACUAAUUAGAAGAUGACAUACAUUUUUGAAUUUGACUACAUCCAUAUAAUCUGUUAAUUUCCAUCAAGACCACACUGAACGUUCAUAACUGUCUGCUUGUUUAUGCUCUAGGUUUUUGUACUUUGUGAUGGUGACCUAAAGAAAAACUAGAGACAUCAUAUUAAGGUUGUUUAUCACUGGGGUGUGAAUAAACCUAGUAUUUUCAGAAA